AAUCUAUACCUAUUUUUUUAUACCUACCUAAUAAGUAAAACUUUUUUCUUGUUUUGUUCAAUAAAUUGUGGAUUUAUAAAGGAAUGAGACUUAUUUAGUAUGUCAGACACGUGGAAUAUGAUGAGUUUGUGCCGAUGCUGCCACGCUGAAGGGAAUUUCAAGAGUCUUGCUGUAUCAUACACAUGCAGUGGAAGUGAUGAAAUAUACUCUGUUAUGCUUAGGGACACUUUCAAUUUAAUUAUAGCUCCAAUACCGGGAGAAAGAGGGGCUUUCUCAUACAGUAUCUGUGAUACAUGUGAGCCUCGGCUGCGAGAUGCUGCACUGUUUAAACAACAAGUGGUUACCUGCGAACAGAAGUUCUCACAGUAUUACAAUAACCAUAAUUUCAAAGAUGGUGAAUUUUUGAAGAACACUUUUAAAUUAGAAGUAAAUGAUGUUAAAUGUGAGUCAACUUAUGAAGAUGAUCACCAUUCAAAAUAUAGUGAUGAUUUGAAAGAAGAGACUAAUUUGAACAGUGAACAAGAUGUGAAAUGUGAUGAUGAUGCGUUUGUCGACGCUGAGGAUGUAGACGACGAGCCUCUGUCGAAGCUCCGCACUAGACGUCAGGUGUCGUUACAGUCUGACCCUGAUGCCGAUUGGGCAGCAGCGCCACAAUUGGGCCAUGAUCAAGAACGCAAAACGCAGAAGACUACUAAGAAAUUCUCAUGCAAUGUGUGUGAGAAAAAAUUCUCAUACCAUGGCUCUCUUGAAGUGCAUAUGAAAGUGCACACAGGCGAGAAAACAUACAACUGUUAUUUGUGCAAUAGUAAAUAUAGACAAAGUAAGACACUUACUAGACAUAUAGAAGAUACACAUAGCGUCGGUAACAAAUACCCUUGCACUUUGUGCACUGAGAUAUUUGAUAAAACUAGAACUUUCAAAAAACAUAUUUCAAUACAUUUUGAGGAGAAAUACAAAUGCAAUUACUGCAAUAAGGAAUUUCAGUGGAAGAAAGGCUUGAAGGAACACAUAAAAACACAUACCGGUGAAAAGAAAUAUGUUUGCGACGUUUGUAACAAGUCAUUUGUACACAGUCAGACAUUAAAAUCGCAUUUGUUGACACACACUGGCGAAAGGCCUUACGUUUGUGACGUUUGCGGGCGAAGGUUUCCACAACGGACACAUUUGAAAAGACAUAUAUUUAUUAUUCACACUGGUGUCAAGCCUUAUUCUUGUAAGAUUUGCAACAAACAAUUCUCCAGCAAAAGCUACUUGGCGAUACAUGAGCGGCAGCAUACUGGUGAAAAACCAUAUUCAUGUGAUGUGUGUAAAAAAAAAUUUACAGCAUACACAACAUUAAAAGUGCACAUGAGGGUUCACACUGGUUUAAAACCUUACACAUGCAGCUUUUGCAGUAGACAGUUUGCGCAAAUGACUAGUUUCAAGCUACAUGAACGCACACAUACUGGCGAAAAACCGUUUUCAUGUAAAGUGUGUAAAAAGCCAUUCUCAGACAAUGGUUAUUUAAAAAUACACAUGCGAGUGCAUACUGGUGAGAAACCAUACAGUUGUGAAAUAUGUAAACGGUGCUUUAGAGAAACUGGGCAAUUAAAACGGCACAUGCGAGUACAUACUGGCAUUAAACCUUACACAUGUAAAAUCUGUAAUAAACAAAUUGGCAAUUUAUCUAAACAUAUGCGUGUACACUCCACUGAGAGGCCUUAUUAUAACUGUGAGAUAUGCAAUAAGCAUUUUUCAGUUAAUGGUAACUUGAAGUUGCAUAUGCGCAUUCACACAGGAGAAAAACCAUAUGCAUGUGAUAUAUGCAACAGUCAGUUUACUCAGAGUAGUGGUUUGAAACGCCAUAGAUGUAAUCAUAUUGAUAAAAAUGAUGUUUAAUUUGCUCACUUAGUCUUAGUCUCAUCGUGAUAUUUCAAAUAUAAAUUAUUCAC